UGUUUUGAGUGUAGCUGCUUGAAUAAGUGCUGUGCAGUUGUCUGGGUUUAUGGAUUCGCUGACUGUGGAAAAUGUACUUUUCUAUAGUGGUCCUUGUCCUGACUGAGGCUCUGGUCACAGAAGUAUGCCACACCCUGAACGUGACAGUCACACCUGGGCCUGUUGUCUUAGUAGCAGAGAGAGACAACAUGACCUUGUCCUGUCUGGUGUCUCAGAGGAAGAGGAGCAGCAGUGUCCUCAUUCUCCGCUGGUUCUUCACCCCUCUCAUAUCUCCGACUCUCGUGCCUCCAUCUUCUGUUCCGCCCACCUCCCCCGCUGCACCCGAUCAGUUUCUGAUUGUGAGGAUGGGGGUAAAGAAGAUGAAGCUGUAUGGGAACUACACCCGCGGUUUCCCCCAGACAAAGUUUCUUCUGUACGAUGAGGCGGGGGGUGAGGCGUACCGGCUGCUCAUCUUCAGUGUGACGGGGAUGGAUCAGGGCUUCUACAGCUGUAGAGUUCAGGAGAUCCGAAAACACAAAAACAUAUGGAGAGCCUCCUCCAAUGGUACCAGCACCACACUGCUUACAGUGCAUAUUCUUUCUGAAGAUGAUAGCGGUGAAGUAUUAUCAUUUUUAUUUGCAGAUGUGUUUCUGUGUGCAGUGCUGAUCUGCUCACUGGGCCUUCUGUCCAUCUUCCUGUUUACCCUCAUCCUAAUUUGUCAGUACUUUCACAGAUGGCACAGACUCAAAGCCAGUUAUCUUCUAGUCAAAUAUCCAGAAAGCAGCUCAGGAGAGACUGUAACCAGCUCCAGCAGUUGCUCCAGUUCCUCUCCAAGCGCACAAAGGAAAGACACGAAACAGAAAAGCGACAGAAGUCGAACAGAGACGCCACUCAAACCACCCAAACAGCCACUGCCUCACACACCAGCCAAAGUGCCCAUUGCUGCAAAGAGACCUCAGAAGCCCAGAAGGUUGAAGACUCAGCAAAGAUCUGCCACUCCUCGAGUAUUAAAAGAAGAAAGCCUGACGUACGCAGAGCUGGAGUUGGUCCGACCGAGGCAGCAGCCACCAGCCUGCUCCAGCCCUGACGCCACUCCCUCCGUCCCAGACACUGUGUAUGCUCAGAUCCUCUUCCAGGAAGAAAAGCUAUAGUUUUGGGAGCUCGAUACCUCCUGGUGAGGGCAAAAAUCCAGUUCUCAUAACUAAACUAAGCAUCAUUCAAAGGAACAUAUAUUUAUGAACUAUGAGUAUGACAUUAUCUUGGUAUUUUUUGAGGAUGGAUGUGGAAAGUCAGCAUUUCGGGUGUUUGCUCUGCACAGUUUUAGUUCUGCACAACAGUUUUUGGGGGGUCUUGUGUUUUUGUUUAGUUUAUUGUCCUGG